UGGCCUUGCGCGGAAGCAGAAUCGAGACCCUAAUCCAACCGCCUGCUCGUCUCCCCAGACGUCGGCAGGCCGCAGCAGCAGCCAUGGCCCCGCGCCACCGCCGAGCCGAGGCCCGAGCGUGCCUGCGGGCCCGCGUCUCUUCCCCUCGCCCGCGCCCAUAAAAACCAAACCCCACGACGCCUCGCCCUCUCCUUCGUCCCCCCCCCCCCCCCCCCCCCCCCCCCCGCACCAAGUCGCCCGCCGCUGGGGGAGCCGAUACGAGACGAGGCCAGCCGAUUCAACCCCGCAUCCGCAUGCCCACGCGGCCGCUGCGCGUCGCCAGCUGAGGUGCGGGUCCCCCCGGUGCCGGAGCCCGGAGCGCGCGAUGGACGAGCACCGGACGCGCCGGUCGCCGGCGGGCGAGCGCUUCAUGGGGAUGUUCUCAUCGCCGUCGACGCCCUCCUCGUCUCCGACGGAGCCCUCGUUCGUCGCCGGGGACGAGCUCCACGAGGACGACUUCCUCUUCUCGUCGCCGGACGCCGCGGCGCCGGCGCCGCCGCCCGGGAGCCCCGGCCGGGGGCUGCCGCAGCAGGGGCACCUCGGCCUCCUCGCCGCGCUGGCGAUGCACGAGGGGGACAGGCGCCUCCUCGUCCGCGGCGGCGCCGGAGGGGGAGGGGCGGCUGCCGCCGCCGCCAGCGCGGGGACGCUGCUCCGGCGCAAGGCGACCAUCGCGGCGGCCGCCGCCUCUGUCUCGGCCUCGGCGGCGGCGGCGACCGGGAGCGGGGGCGGGGGCGCUCUGUCGCCCUCCCAGUCCCCGACCUCCGCUGCGCGGACUAUCCCGGCGACCGCGCGGCUGAAGAACGCCGGGCCAGCCCCGCCGUACCACCAGUCGGCGCCGGUGAGGGUGCCCGUCCGGCCGCCCCGGAAGCCGGAGAUGGGCCGGUGGGAUGAAUUCGGUGAUGACGACGACGACUUCCGGCGCGGCGACGCCGCCAUGCUGCCCCCGCACGAGAUGGUCGCCCGCGCGUCCGCUGGUGGGGUCGGGCCGGCCGCGCCGUUCUCCAUGCUCGAGGGCGCCGGGCGCACGCUCAAGGGCCGAGACCUGCGGCGGGUGCGCGACGCCGUGCUUAGGCAAACCGGAUUCCUGGACUGAAUCCGGUAAGGUGAUGUGGCUCUGGCCUUUUGUUCAGCACCGUGUUCUCAGAGUCGUAGAUGCGUUACAUUAGUGUAUAAUUGUAGAGGGUUCUUGCUGUAGUCAAGAGAUAAUGCGGGAAGGUAAGGUAAAAGGGUUGAGCUUUUGAUAAAACUGCUUGCAAUUUUGGUGUCCUUGGAUGUGUGUGCAUGUCGUAUUACUGUAAGCUUCAGCAGUAAUAAGAACUGGUCCUGUGUCUGGGUCUCCGUGAGCUCUCUGUAAUUCAGGAGGAAAGAGAUUUUUUUUUUCUUUGUCAAGGUAGCGUUUAGGUGUACCUAUCAACUAUCGUGAUGAUCGUCAGAGACCUGUGUUUUUUCGUUCUUACUUCUUAGUGAAAAAAUUGUCAAUUUUGUUUCUUA